AUGGCUUAUAACUAUUCAGACUUAGAUGGUGGAUUCUCAAUACCAAGAGUUGAUCAUCGGAUUACUAUAAUACAGGUUCUGGUUGUAAUCUUUCUUUGCAUAAAUUUUUUGCAGCUCACAACUUUUUUUAUGAAGGAUUUCUUUUACAGAACCAUGCGCUACAUCUUAUUUGCUAAUACAUUAUUAGCUGAUUGCAUGACAUUAAUCAUAACAAAUAUUUUGCUAAUCCUAAACACUUUUAGGGUUGCUAUACAGAUGUGGAUGUGUCUCAUCGUUUGUGCUAUAUCAUCUUUUUACUUUUAUAUUACACUGGUGACUCUGACGGCCAUGACUCUGGAGCGUUAUGUGGCCAUUUGCAUGCCACUGCGUCAUGCAGAGCUGUGUUCCACUCGCAGAGCUCUGUACUCCAUCCUCAUCAUCUAUGCCCUUAGCUCUGUUCCUUUUAUUGUUAUUAUCUCUGCUGUACUUGCAUCUGCUACAUCGAGGUACAAAGAAUACACUGAAUGUAAUGUGGACAUGAUGAUUCAUUACAGCUGGCAGCGAUAUCUUAGGUUAGCUGUGAGUCAGUUUUAUUUUUUAAUCAUGUGCCUCAUAAUUGUAUUUUCCUAUGUUAAAAUAAUGAAAGUGGCCAAAGCUGCAUCAGGAGAAAGUAAAAAGUCAACUAGCAAAAGCCUCAGAACAGUGGUUCUUCAUGCUUUCCAGCUCCUCCUCUGUCUCACCCAGCUUUGGUGUCCAUUAAUAGAAAAUGCUGUCCUUCAGAUUGAUAUUAUGUUAUUCGUUUAUAUCAGGUACUUUGAUUAUAUAGUAUUUGUUCUUGCACCAAGAUGUCUAAGUCCUCUAAUUUAUGGCCUCAGAGAUGAAAAGUUUGUCCAUGAGCUGAAAUACUAUGCUCUCUGUGGUUUGUACAGGAAAAGAUUAGUGCUACAAUAG